GUUGUAAACAUGGCCAUUCCUCAUUGUGUUCACUAAACCCAACUUGUCUUCAAAUCUUGUGUAGUUUGAAUGUGAACUUACAGUAUAUUGAUAUGUUCACCAAGAACUGUUAAUAAAAUAAGAAUAAGGGGGAGGAGAAGGUGUUGCUAACCCCGGAGAUAACUCUGAUAUACACACACAAGAGGAUUUACAGAUAACUGGUACACCUACAGUACAAACAUAUGAAGGAUACAUUGGUAUAAGAAGAAAAAUGAAGGGGCUAACAGUUGACCAAAUCAGUGCUGAUCGUGUGACUUUCUUGGCACAGCAGUACUGGUCACCUGACACCAGAGACUCCCAUCUUCCCUUUGACCCCCAAGUGAUUGAUGAUGUCUACGAAAGUGAAGUUAGAGCGACUGAUUUUGCCACGCGGCGCAUUGUUGUGUUAGAACUAAGUCAAUACUUGGAAAAUUAUAUCUGGCCCAACUACUCAGAGAAUGCUUCCUCUGCUCAUCUUAUGUCUGUUGUCAUCCUAGUUAAUGAGAAAUUUCGUGAACGUGUUCCUGCCUGGGAUUCAUUUGUGAAACACCCACAACCUUUUAGUGACUUUCUGAGGCAUCUUAUGAAAGCAUGUUUGGACUCCACCGACAAAUUUUCUCAGAAAGAACAAACUCACGUGGUAGUAUUUCUCAACCAUUUAUAUAACAGUAUUGAAACAGACCUCAUACGUAAUGGAAUUAGCCACACUGUAUCUUAUAACAUCUUAGAGUGCCUUUCAGAAGGUCAGCUUCAAGCCGUUCUAAAAGAAUUCCCCAACUGGUCAAAGGCAUUGAAGAGAACAGCACGCCACAGAAAGAAGCUUUCAGGUGUAGAGUUAGAGAAGUUUGAUUUUGAUACCAAUUUCUUGUAUUCCCUCAUGCAGCAAUUCCUCAAAAAAUUAUCAACCAUACCUGCAGGAGAGGAGGAAGUUAAAACAGAUGUUGUUCACUACUGUGAAAGGUUUCUGGAACUCAUGAUUGACCUCGAGUCUCAGUUACCUACAAGAAGGUUUUUUAACACCCUUCUGCAUUCUUGCAACCUACUUGUUAAAUGUCAGUUAUCUUCACUGGCUACCAGAGAAGAGGGUAAGUUGUUUUCACAGUUACUGCAUAUAUUAAAGGUUUUUGGACAAUUUGAGAUAAAUGAUAACACAGGACAACCCCUCUCUGAUCUAGAUGUGAUGAAAAUUCACUAUAAUCAGGUGAAGCGAGUACAAAGCAUUACAUUUAGAAACUUUCCCCAAUUGACACAGUUCAGCUUCUCCAGUGUGGCUGCAGUUGAUGACACAGAAACAUUAAGACAAUUUGUAGAACAGCUAGAAGAUGAUGAGUUGAAGAACUUAUGUAAGUUACUUCACCUGCUUCCUAAAGAAGAUGAAAAUGAAUGCAAUAGAAAAUAUCUGAUAGAAUCGAUGCUUUGGAAAUACCAGCGACGUAUCUCACAGCUAGAAGCAAUAAAUCGUAUGCCACUAUAUCCAACAGAACAGAUAAUUUGGGAUGAUAACAUUGUUCCUUCAGAGUAUUUCUCUGGUGAUGCUUGUUUGGCAUUACCUAAACUGAAUCUGCAAUUCCUAACUUUGCAUGAUUAUCUUCUGAGGAACUUUGACCUGUUUAGAUUAGAGUCAACAUAUGAAAUUCGUCAGGACAUAGAAGACAUUGUGAUGAGAUUGAAUCCAUGGUCAGCAGAAGAUAGAAAUGUUGUUUUCAGGGGAUGGGCUCGUAUGGCACAGCCUAUUGUAAAUUUUGCCGUGUGUGAAGUGGCUAAACCCAAUGUUGGGGAAGAUAAACCAUCAAGAGUUCGAGCAGACAUCACAGUUAAUUUGAGUGUAAGAAGAGAGAUAAAAAGUGAAUGGGAAGCUUUGAGGAAGCAUGAUGUGUGUCUCCUCCUUUCCAUCAUCCACCCAAUGGCAUUCCCUAAUCCUGAAGGAUAUUUUCCAGAUGAAUGGGGUAUCAGGUACAUCCGUGGAUGUGAGGUGGAGGGCAUGCUGGAUGAAAAUGGUCGAGUUAUUGAGGAAGGACCAGAGCCUAAACCAGAGCUGAAAGGAGAGACCAGAACAUUCCGUGUUUGGCUCGACUGCAAUCAGUAUAAGAUUGACAUGGACAAUAUUAAAUCCAAUGAUGGUGGUGAAGAUGUAUAUGAGACCUUCAAUGUCUUAAUGAGAAGGAAACCCAAGGAGAACAAUUUCAAAGCUGUCCUAGAAACUAUCCGUGACUUGAUGAACACAAAAUGUGUUGUACCAGAUUGGUUGUUGGACAUCAUUCUUGGAUAUGGUGAUCCUGGAGCUGCUCAUUAUUCACAUAGAGAAAAUGCUCUGGCCACUUUAGAUUUCAAUGACACUUUCCUGGGUUUUGAUCACCUGAAGAAGAGUUUUCCAGGCUAUACCAUUAAUCAUAAUUUAAAAGCUGUUAUGCGGCCUCCAUUCAAACUAUCUUUCGAAGAUCAAAAGUCGAGUAAGCGACCAGCUGAGGAAGAGGAUAACAAAGUAGAGAAAGUGAUUCACGUGGAGCCAUAUGUUGUACCAAGUCGAGGUCCCUAUCCAUAUACUGUACCACGUAAGAACCGGGUGCAGUUCACACCCACUCAAGUGGAAGCCAUUCGCUCUGGUAUGCAGCCUGGUCUAACUAUGGUAGUGGGACCUCCAGGCACAGGCAAGACGGAUGUUGCUGUACAGAUUAUUUCCAACAUAUAUCAUAAUAACCCAGCUGAACGAACCCUUGUUGUCACCCACUCUAAUCAGGCUCUUAACCAGCUUUUUGAAAAGGUCAUUGCCCUGGAUGUUGAUGAGCGGCAUCUUUUACGUUUAGGUCAUGGUGAAGAAGCCUUGGAAACGGAAAAAGACUUCAGUCGGUAUGGCCGAGUCAACUACGUUCUCAGUAAACGACUUGAGUUAUUAGAUGAAGUAACGCGCCUCAAGGAAUCACUCGGUGUAGCUGGUGAGAUGGGCGCUUCCUGUGAAACGGCCGGUUACUUUUUCCUGCAACAUGUUUUAGCUCGCUGGGAACGUUACCUUAGUUUGGUUACUGCCACUCCUGGCAAGCCAGUUAAUGUUCAACAAAUAAAUGAACUAUUUCCUUUCCAUGUUUUCUUUAGUAAUGCACCACAACCAUUGUUCAAAGGGAAAAGUUAUGAAGAAGAUAUGGAAAUUGCUGAGGGGUGCUUCCGAUACCUAGGAAAUAUAUUUACACAAUUAAAAGAAUUCCGUGCAUUUGAAAUGCUUAGGAGUGGUCUUGAUCGUACAAGGUAUUUGCUGGUUAAGGAAGCUAAAAUUAUUGCCAUGACGUGCACACAUGCUGCUCUCAAACGUCGAGAGCUUGUAGAUUUGGGUUUUCAGUUUGAUAACAUCUUGAUGGAAGAAAGUGCCCAGAUUCUAGAAAUUGAAACAUUCAUUCCAUUGCUUCUACAAAAUCCAGAAGAUGGCCGCAAUCGUCUCAAACGUUGGGUUAUGAUCGGUGAUCAUCAUCAGUUGCCACCUGUCAUCAAAAAUAUGGCUUUUCAAAAGUACAGCAACUGUGAGCAGAGCUUGUUCACGCGGUUUGUAAGGUUGGGUGUUCCAACAGUUCAGCUAGAUGCUCAGGGACGUGCUCGUCCUUCGAUUUGUGCACUUUACAACUGGAGAUAUAAAAACUUGGGUGACUUGCCUCAUGUAAUUUCAUGGCCAGAAUUUCGCAUUGCUAAUGCUGGAAUAUUUUAUGAGUACCAGCUUAUCAAUGUUGAUGACCUUGAAGGGCGUGGAGAGUCAGAGCCACGAAAAUAUUUCUACCAGAACUUAGCUGAGGCAGAGUAUGUAGUUCAUUUGUAUAUGUAUAUGAGGCUGAUAGGAUGUCCAGCAUCAAAAAUUUCAUUGCUAACCACUUACAAUGGCCAAAAAGAGUUGUUACGUGAUGUGGUUGAACAGAGAUGUGCCCGGAAUCCACUGUUUGGUCGCCCUCACAAGAUCAGUACUGUGGAUAAAUACCAAGGCCAACAAAAUGAUUACAUCCUACUGUCCCUCGUUAGGACACGUGCCGUAGGUCACCUCAGGGAUGUGAGACGUCUCGUUGUCGCCAUGUCACGUGCCAGGCUUGGCCUCUACAUAUUUGCUCGUGUUUCACUCUUCAAGAACUGUUAUGAACUUCAACCAGCAUUUUCUAUUCUUGCGAAGCGUCCACUACAGUUACAUUUAGCCCCAUGGGAAUACAUACCUACUGACCGACCUUACACUCAGCUCCCUCAAGAUAAGCCUGUGGUAGUAAAAGAUGUUACUCAUAUGAGUAGUCUAGUGCACCAGCUGUACUCUGAGGUUUGCUCAACUAUUCAAGCUGUCGCAGGGAUUGGUGAAGCACCUGGAGUCAUGGCCACUCAUGAACUGCCCCCAGACACUGGUGCACGUUAUGACUCGGAUGAAGAGACAACAGUAGAGAAAGAAGAAUCAGAGAGUUCAAUGCUUAUUGUUAAUGAAGUUGACAACAAAUGAAUUGAAGUCUCAGAACUUUAUACAGUACAAUACUGUAUUUACAUUGUUUUAAAGUAAUUUGUUAAUAUGUUUUGUAAAUAAUUUUGUGUCAUUUUUGAUGUGUGGCUUCAUCAUGUACAGUUCUUGAUUAUUUUUUUAUUUUUUGUGCAAGAAACUUUUAGUAGCAAAUGAAAAUAUUAUCAAUAAAUAUUGCAGUAUUUUCUCUAUUUUUUUUAGAAUAUCUUUUUAAUAAUAUGAAUUCUUGAAUACAGUCUUUCACUACAACUCAGAAUUAUGUAAGAAACAGAUUUACAACUUUAAUUACAUGUAGGAUAAUUACAGUAUAAAUGCAUUUGUAGUAUUUUGUUUUAAUAAAUUGUAUUGAUGAGAGGACUUUAA